GUUCCGCACGAAGAUCUCUUUGUAACUCAAUGGAGUCGCCAAUAUGUGAAGCAUUUUUUCAAUGUGGGCCUUAUCCAUGGGCAGACCCGAAAUGUGCAAGAGUGUGUGCGAACAAGAGGUGGUGGCAAGUGUGCUCUUGAAGACCAUGGAGGAGUGCAAGAGUGAGUUUUGGUAUAAAUUGACGGAUCACCGAUGGAUUCGGCACAGUCGUUUAGUUCUUCUGCUAUCAGAAACACCACAAGUCAUCCCAACAAAAAUGGCAUUCAAGUUCUUGAUCUUCAGCGCCUUCGUCGCCGUGGCCAGUGCUGGUCUCCUUCCCGCUGCUCCCGUUGCAUACACCGCCCACCACGCCGCCCCAUUGGCUUAUGCCACCCACGGUGCUCACAUUGCCCAUGCCGCUCCCCUUGCCUACGCCGCCCCUGCUAAGGCUAUCGUUGCUGCCCCAGCCAUUGCCAAGGUCGCCGUUGCUGAGGAAUACGACCCAAAUCCCCAAUACACUUUCGCCUACGACAUCCAGGAUGGUCUUACUGGUGACUCCAAGAGCCAGCACGAAACCCGCAGCGGUGAUGUUGUCCAGGGCUCCUACUCCCUUGUUGAUCCUGAUGGCACCAAGCGUACUGUCGAAUACACCGCCGAUUCCCACAAUGGUUUCAACGCUGUUGUCCACCGUGAACCCCUCCACGUGAAAGUCGCUGCCCCUGCCAUCGCUAAGGUUGCUGCCCCAGUUGCCUAUGCUGCUCCCGUCGCCAAGUACGCCGCUCCAGUAGCCUAUGCUGCUCCAGUUGCCAAGAUCGCCGCCCCAGUUGCCUAUGCUGCCCCAGCUGUUACCAAAGUAGCCUACGGCCAUGCUGCCCCUCUUGCUGUUGCCCACGCCGCCCCAGCUUACGCCGCCCCAGCCUACGCCACCUACCACCACUAAAUAGCAGCACCCAACCAGCCGUCAGAGUACCACCAACACUGUUUCGGCCGAACUGCAAAAUCCAACCAUUUGCCAUGAGAGAGAGAACAGAAAGUGAUUGCCACACCAUCCUAAAUUUUCCUUUCCUCUUUCUCCUUCAAUGCAUCUAGUUGAAUUUUGUUUAAAUUAAUUUAUUUUUCCUGUAUUUUUGUCUGUAUGCCUGAUCCUAUGAACUUUCUAUGAAUCUUUUUUUUUAUAUUCCUGUGAAUCUUGCCUGUGUGCUUCGUGUGUAAAUGUGACUAUCCUUACUGUUCUUUGACUCCUUUUUUGUAUUUUGAUAAAUUGUCAGGAUGAAUAAAUUCUCAAUUGUGAAAA